AUGGCCAGGGAUAACAAGGACUUCAUUCUUAGAUGGGUUAAGUUGAAGGUGGUGGACCUUCAACCAUGCAGACAGGGUGUCCACCUCCUGCCCCACGAUAUCACUGGCCCUCUUGAUCAGUUUGUUAUGUCUGUUGGUGUCUGCGGCCUUGAUGCCUCUUCCCCAGCACGGAGAGAGCUGCCUCCCAUCUGCCACGAUGUUCGUCAGAAGCAGCGAAUCUCCAUCGACACUUUGCCUGCAGAAGUCAAAGCUCCGUUCCCUUCUGACCCCAUCAUCCCCCUUCGUACCAAGACCACCAAGGAGUUUCAGGAGGACAUGGAACGUGCCCUCCAAUCCGGUGACUGGAGGGAGGUUAGAGAGUUUUAUCUGACCACCUUCGACUCCUUCACAGAAAUCAACGCUGCCUUCAAGCGGGAGGCAAAUGGAUUGUUUAACACGAUAGAGGACUCAGGAGUCAACGCCAAGUUUGUCAAUGCCGUUUACGACGCGCUGCUAAGCACACCUCAGGACAUCCAAAAGUCAGUAUUGAAAGGGAUCAUCAACAGCCUGCUGAGGGAGUGGAAAGGGCCUCGGACAAAAGACGACCUGCGAGCAUAUUUCAUUCUCAUUCAGAACCCCCAGUAUUCCAGCACCAGCACCUACGUGAUCUAUGCUCACCUGCUGAGGCAGAUCGCUGCUCUGUCUGAGGCCGACCACCACUUCCUGGUCCACUGGCUCAAGAGGCUGUCGGCCAGGCGCUUCCGGCAGCUGGUGGAGCGCCUCCUUCAGUUCAUCUCCACCCGCCUCUUCCCCGCCGAGCCGGAAGAGCUUCCUCCCUUAGCCAAGUGCUCGUGGUGGGUUCCCUCCGCCACCAAGGUGCUCAGCCUGUUCAAUGCAGCCAACAGCGUGUCGUCGCCUCCCAUCAUGCCUUUCACCGACUUCUACAACAUCACUCUGGAGCACAUAGACUUCAUGGAGGAGUACAGGACCUGGCAGAGCUACGGCAACUCAAACAGGUUUUCCUUCUGCCAGUUUCCCUUCAUCCUGUCGACGGGGGUGAAGAAAGCCAUCAUCCAGAAGGACUCGGAGCAGCAGAUGAUCAGCCAGGCCAGGCAAAGCCUGGUCAGCAAAGUUUCUCGCAGGCAGAGAGUAGACAUGAACCUCCUGUUCCUCAACAUUAAAGUUCGACGAGCGCAGCUCCUCAGCGACUCACUGGAUGAGUUGACGAGGAAGCGGUGCGACCUGAAGAAGAAGCUGCGGGUGACGUUUGUGGGGGAGGCGGGGCUGGACAUGGGCGGCCUGACCAAGGAGUGGUUCCUGCUGCUGGUGCGACAGAUCUUCCACACAGACUACGGAAUGUUCACCUACAUGAAGGACUCGCGCUGUCACUGGUUCAGCAGUUGGAAGUGUGACAACUAUUCGGAGUUCCAGUUGGUGGGGACUCUGAUGGGCUUAGCCGUCUACAACAGCAUUGCUCUGGACAUCCACUUCCCCCUCUACUGCUACAGGAAACUCCUCACUCCACCCACUACACCUUGUGACCAAAAUGCCUUCGUUGGCAUGGCAACCACCACGUUGGACGAUCUGCAGCAGAUAAUGCCGGAUCUGGCCCACGGCCUGGCCGAGCUGCUGAGCUACGAGGGGAAUGUGGAGGAGGACUUCUACCUCACCUUCCAGGUUAUGCAGGAGGAGAUGGGCAUCGUCAAAUCCUACAACCUGAAGCCUGGAGGAGAUAAGAUCCCUGUCACCAAGCAGAACAGGAAGGAGUACGUCCAGCUCUAUGUGGACUUCCUGCUGAAUAAAUCCAUUUACAAACAGUUUGCUGCCUUCUACCACGGCUUCCACAGCGUGUGUGCCUCCGACGCCCUCAUGUUGCUGCGGCCGGAGGAGGUGGAGAUGUUGGUGUGCGGGAGUCCGGAGCUGGACAUGAGCGCGCUGCAGAAAGCUGCUCAGUACGAAGGAUACAGCAAGACGGACUCCACCGUGCGGUGUUUCUGGGAUGUGGUGCUGGCGUUUCCUCUGGAGCUGCAGAAGAAGCUCCUCCACUUUGCCACAGGAAGCGACCGGGUUCCCGUCGGAGGAAUGGCCGACCUCAACUUCAAAAUCUCCAAGAUCGACGUUCCAACGGACUGGCUUCCCAUCUCCCACACCUGCUUUAACCAGAUCUGUUUGCCUCCAUAUCGAACCAGGAAGGAGCUCAAACACAAGCUCACCAUCGCCAUCUCCAACGCUGAAGGCUUUGGCCUGGAGUAACCUGGCCGCGCACACACACAGACACACACACACACACACACACACACACACACACGGACUGCCUGCCUGCUAUGCUCGCUAUGCGUCUGUCACAACACGGAUCCUGGGUUUGUGGAUCAGACUGCAGAGGAAAAGUGUCGCUCAGCAAGCUGGACUCACCUGUUUGAACUCUUGAUAUCUGCAGCAGAAGAAACUGCCAUUUUAUUUGCACAUAAACUGGUUCUGGUCGGAAAAAGGACCUUGAGUGAAGGAAACUAGAGGAUCUUUACAAUUACACUACUGUGCAAAAGCCAUAAGCAGUUUAGAUUGAGAGGACGGCGAUGCUGUGGGAAGUUCUCCGAGGAGCCUGGAACCCGCCUGCCUGACGUAUGGAGGCCUGCUGCCUGUGAAAAAGCAAAUGUGUAUUUCAUUCGUUUCUCUUUGCUACAUCUUCUUAUUGUGUAGAUUAUUAAAAAAGAAGGUGCAGUAUUUUUUUUAAUCCAUCCUUACUUUGCUCUUAGUGCUUAAAUCUUUUGCACAGUAUUGUAGAUGCUUCCUGAAGAGAAGGAACGGUCGGCCUUCCUACAUCGUGAUUGUUUUAAAUGUUGUAGGGCUGGACCCGAAUAAUCGGACCUCCGGAUAUUUUUUCGUUUGUGUGACAUCGGGAUUUAAUCCAGAUUGAUAAAGUUUGUUUUGUUCAAGCAGUUAGCGGGACCCCCUUCUGGCUGAGCGGUACGCUUUACCCUGGGUGACAAGUCAGCUGGUUAGACCCCCCCCCCCCUUCGCAUUCAUUCCUAACGCUGUUGUAAAUUACCACGGCCUCUUAACCUGCUACCCGUCUUAGACCAGUUUGACAUUUUACGGACCUCUCGUGGUGAUGACUCCAGUUUGGCGUGUCGCCUUGGAGCCAUUAUUACCCCUCCCACCCCUCUUCACUCCCCUCAACUCCACUUCCGGGACCCGGGAGACAUUAAUGGCACUUUUCCACUAGACCCUACUCAGCCCGACUCAACUUUCCCACCAGGGGUCUAACGUGCCAAGUAGAUACUUUUUCUGUAUCUACUAUGCCGAAAUUCUAAGCUGCUGAGUCGGCUGUAUCUGACAUCAUCACACUACAGACCACUGAUUGAUCGGGGGGUUGGAGUCAGACGUCUGAGUCAGGAGGAGGAAAUCAGAGAAAGAGACUCUGAGGGAUUCUUGUUCAUUUUAUUCGACAGGCAAUGGUUGUGCAAAAGUCUGUUUCAUGAUCCAACUCUGAGGUGCAGAUGUUCAUAAAGCUGGUGCUGAGGAGAGAAUUAAAAAGGGAUCUAGACGGUGAUAAGGAACGACCAGAUCUACCAGGAACUCUGUCUCUUCAUAGCUGCUCACGGCUCUAGCUGACUUUUCAGCAGCGCUGAGACAAACUAACAAAAGAAAAAAGCGCUUGGCGCUUCUUUCUACGGAGCCCCUAAAGGGACACGGAUUACGCGCGCGUAAAACCUUUAAGUGAGCACGUAAAGUUGUUUAAGUGAGCACGUAAAGUUGUUUAAGUGAGCACGUAAAGUUGUUUAAGUGAGCACGUAAAACGUUUAUGCACUCACUAAAAAGUUUCACGCGCUCUCGCAAAACUUAUAAGUGAGCGCCUAAAAGUUGUUCUACGUGAGCGCGUAAAAACAAGUACAUGGGAGUAUUGGUGGAACUGGAGACCCUCCAGUUGCGCCCUGCUCUGUUUAUGAAUGGAAAUGACAUUACAGGAUUUAUCUGAGCUAUAUUUUAACCUGGGUCUUCAUUAUAAGGACAUUAGCACUAUAAAACUCAUUUUAUAUCUAAAAAAAAUCUGUGUCCCUUUAGGGACUCCGUAUCUUUCACCCUCAUUUUUUAAUCAGCAGCACAUCUAUCAUCUCCUCCAGGUUCUACAUCUUUAGUGUUGUUGUCUUCUUUGUUUAGAUUACACAAUCAAAUACGUCACAGCAGCUUCACUCCAACCUCCUACUUCUCCAAAUGCUGAAUUGUUAUGGAAAAGAAACUUGGCUGAGUUGAGUCGAGCCGAGUAGGUACUAGUGGAAAAGCGCCAUAAGACACCCAUUAAAAGAGACAAAACUUCAAAUACUUCAAAUAAAUCUACAACCAAAGCUGUACGAUGGAAUUCGGGUCAGCCCUAAACUCUAGAAACCAAAUCCCUCCUGAAACUUCUCUACAAAACCUCAAAUCACUGAGACAAGCCAACUGUUCGUACUUUCAUUUAAAGUAUCAUGUUUUUCUCAGGUAAGCCUUCCGCUCAAUAUUACUGUCACCUAAACGAUUUAACCGGUUUAUUUGCAACAUUGAACAUUUACUCUCGUGCGCAUUAAACUGACUAACACAGAUUAUCCCGUUGGGAGCUUUAUCCAGCAUCUUUAAAGGUACGAAGCAACACUAAGCGUCAGUGUCCGUAAGCUAACUCGAGUUGUAAUAUUCUCCGUCGUGUGUCGAUCCCGACUGCAGUCACUUUUUGAAUAUGUUUUAUGAAAUGUGUUUUUAUCCGUUUGCUUUGUUUGCAGCACACUGUGGUGGUGUCGUGCUUGCGGGGAGAACGUGCGCUUGUAUAUCAUGAUGAUGGUAAUUGUUUUGUUUGCUGACAUUGCAGCCUGCUGUAAUCAGACAGAGGCUGCAGCACAAGUGUGUUUAACGUCCGAGCAGAGCCGUCUGUUGACGGCUCGAUGUUUAUGUUGUAUCGCGGCUGAAUGACGACGAGCCUGCAGGGAGGUGCUUGUUGGUAGACGUCGUCCUUGCUGGUUGGUGCUGAACUGGAGAUGACAGAAGAAGCCAUCUUCCAGGUGUUAUAGGGAGGACUAUAAGGAAGAGUCUUAGGGCCAGGCAGGAGGAAAAUAAAAGUUAUAUUUUAGAGGAGGAACAUUUUUUUUCAUCAUGCACUUCGAGAAAAAAGUGGAAAUGUUGAGAAUAAUG